GGGAAAGUGCACAGACUCAUUUAGGUUAUAUUGGAGUAUUUUUAGGUGACAAAUUGUACUUCUUUCAUCCUUCUGUGUGCACUUUUUUGUCUGUACAACACUUUGGCCGACCGAGGUUGUUUUCAAAAGUGCGAUAUAAAUAAAUCUAGUGAGGUGAAGCGGCCUCUGAGAAACCAGAAUGAUGACAUAGCGAGCGUGGCGAUAUCAUCAGCCGAGAAAAAAAAAAACCACACACACUGAAGAGUGGCUCUAUUCGAAGACAGACGCACCCGAGGCGAGACCGCACCGCCGUUUGGAGCAUGAGGGCGAAGCUGGAAAUCCUGGCCAUGGUUUUGGGCUUCUUGGGCCUGUUCGGCCUGGUGGCGGCCACUGCCAUGCCCAUGUGGAGGGUGUCGGCCUUUAUCGGCGCCAACCUGAUCGUGAUGGAGGUGCUGUGGGAGGGCCUGUGGAUGAACUGCUACAACCAGGCCGACAUCAAGAUGCAGUGCAAGGUCUACGACUCGCUGCUCAUUCUGCCGCCCGAGCUGCAGGCUGCCCGCGGCCUCAUGGUGGUCGCCGGCGUGCUGGUGGUCGUGGCCUUGUUCGUGGCCGGCUUCACCAUGAAGAGGACCACGUGCUGCGAGGACCACCCGAGGGCCAAGAACGUCACCCUGGUCUUCGCCGCCAGCUUGUUCCUGCUGGCCUGCCUGCUUGCGCUCAUCCCCGUGUGCUGGGUGGCGCACACCGUCAUUCGGGACUUCUACAACCCCACGGUGAUGGACUCGCGCAAGCGGGAGCUGGGGGCGUCGCUCUUCAUCGGCUGGGCCACCUGCGGUCUCCUGCUGGCCGCCGGCGUGGUCUUCGUCCUCAGCUACCACAAGCGCAGGUCCAAGGAGUACCGGCCCUACGCGGGCCCCUACCUGGUGGGCGCCAGCAGCGUGCGCAGCGGGAGGGCGCCGUCCAGCUUCCACAAGGUUCAUGAAUACGUUUGACGUCUGCUUCCUGGUUCGUCUUUCUUCAUAUUCUUCUGCUGCGUUCAUCUCUGAAAUCCACCGACAUUGGACUUGGUUUCUGGAAUGAUGAUUGUGUGUAUUUAAGGAAAUCAUUUUAUCAUUCACUUUGUUGUGCGGUUUUUGCUGACUCAGGUAACAAACUACUAACAGCAAUGCAGUUCAACAAUAAUAACAACAACAAUAAAUACAUCUGUGCAUUCAUAUUAGAGUGAAGGCAGACUUUAAGAUAUGGAUCAAUACUCAUCUUGUGAGAGGCCAGCAAACUUAAGUCUUUAUGUAUAAAAUCAAUCAUUUUGAUCAGGGGUUCUUAACCUUUUUUGACUCCGGGGCCAAACUUUUUCGACUAAAGAAGGGCCCACUACACAGAAACACACACACAUAUAUAUAUAUAUAUAUAU